UAACUUUUUUGGGAAUAACUGUAACAGAAUAAUGUAGAUACGAAUAAGUAUUUAUAUUUAAAAAUAUUUCGUUAAUUUGCGUGAAUCCAUAACAGUUGUCAUUCAAACCGAUACAAUAGUAAUUGAUAUCAAUCCACGUAAGAAAAGAAAGUUACCAGUUAGGUUACUCGUUCCGCUUUAGGUCAAUGGUACGAUCGUUGCGUGCCGGUUACGUUAAGGUCUGACGUUGCCUUCGGACGAGCAAGUAGUUAGUAUUAGCAGUCGAGUCAUCGUGCCGCCAGUCGCCGCGCGCUCCCCGACUGACUGAGUUUUGAUUUAGACGGUGGCCAGUACAGUUGUUUAACGGGGAAUAUUCGUGUGCACGUUAAUCGUGAAAGUUAACAAUGGUCAACAAAGCUGAAAAUGUGGGCAUACUUGCUAUGGAAUUGUAUUUCCCGUCGCAGUAUGUGGAUCAAACGGAACUGGAAAAAUUCGAUGAAGUCGGCGCCGGUAAAUAUACGAUCGGCCUGGGUCAGACGAAAAUGGGCUUCUGCUCCGAUCGGGAAGACAUAAACUCUCUCUGCCUCACUGUCGUCCACAGGCUCCUGGAGAAGAAUAACAUAAACCCCCAUGACAUUGGCCGGCUCGAAGUUGGGACAGAAACAAUCAUAGACAAGAGUAAAAGUGUUAAGACUUUUCUUAUGACCCUAUUCGCUAAGGCCGGUGCCACAGACAUAGAAGGUAUUGACACAACAAAUGCAUGCUACGGAGGUACUGCUGCAUUAUUCAAUGCCAUAAAUUGGUUGGAGUCCUCGUCCUGGGAUGGUAGAAAAGCAAUUGUGGUAGCUGGAGAUAUCGCCGUGUACGGAAAGGGACCAGCUCGACCGACGGGUGGUGCCGGAGCAGUGGCUAUGUUGAUCGGUCCAGAUGCACCACUAGUUUUUGAUUGUGGCGUUAGGGCAUCAUAUAUGACCCACGCAUAUGAUUUCUACAAGCCAGAUUUGUCCUCUGAAUUUCCAUUCGUGGAUGGGAAGCUCUCUAUUCAGUGCUACCUCAGUGCAUUAGAUAAUUGCUACAAUUUAUUCUGUAAGAAAAUGAGAAAAAUCAAUCCCAACUUUAAGGGUCUGCUGAGCUUAGAUGGAAUGUUGUUCCACUCGCCCUACUGUAAGCUGGUGCAGAAAUCUUUAGCUAGAGUUACAUUUAAUGACUUUUUAAAUUCCUCCUCCGAUGAGAAAAAGAAGAAGUUCCCAGGGCUAUCGCAAUUCGACAAGCACAAGAGAGAGGACACAUACUUUGAUAGAGAUGUGGAAAAAGCAUUCAUGACCUACAGUAAAGAUUUGUUCGAAGAAAAAACAAAGCCAUCACUAUUCAUAGCCACAAAUGUUGGAAACAUGUACACUCCUUCACUGUAUGGGGGUCUUGUUUCAUAUCUAGUGAGCAAAUCAGCAGACCAACUGGCUGGAAAGAAGUUUGGCCUAUUUUCUUAUGGAUCUGGCCUAGCUUCAACCAUGUACUCCAUAAACAUUUCCAAAGAUGCGAGUGCAGGUUCAAAAUUGGCAAAACUCAUCAACUCAUUGAAAGAUUGUGUUGCCAUGCUGGACAAGAGGAAAUGCGCUAGGCCUGAAGAUUUUUCAAAACAAAUGCAAGUGAGGACGGAGAAUUAUCACACGGCACCCUACUCCCCCAGUGGCUCAAUAGAUGUGUUGUUCCCAGGAACAUACUACCUUACCAAAAUUGAUGAACAAAGAAGACGCUUCUAUGAAAGAAGAAUGUGAGGCUAUAGUUUUCCGUCCUUAUUGUUAGUGUACAUGGGGCACGAGGCACGGACAUUAUAGAGGCCCUGAAGUGGCAACAUAAUUAUUUAUGCUAGAAGUGACAAUUUUAUUGUUUUGUGUAUUAAUUUCAUGUUCAUAUUGUUAAACAUACAUAAAAGAGCUUUUAAUUAUCUUGCCCACGGGCCUUUUAUAGUAAAAAUGCCCCUGGCUUAUUUUUUAAUUAGUCAAUGAUGGUGUAGGAGGUUGCAUGUAUAUUGUAUGCUCUUAAAACGGGUUUUGUGUUGUCUUGUAGCUUAGGUAUGGUUUAUUAGCAUUUAUUUCUUAUGGUGUUUAAUUUAUUAAAAAGUGACUAUCUGAUGGUA